AAAUAAAUGACAUCACUAUUUAGCCCUCAUAUGUUGAAACAAUCAAUCAAAUCUCAAUCGCAAAUUCACAAUUUCCAGUCGUCCAUCGUAGCAUCCGAAAUCUUCAGCCCCUUAAUUUUCGCUGCCCACUGAAGAAAAAAUUCACCAUUACAGGUUUGAUAUUAUGUCUAUGAAUUGGGUUCAGCGCAAAAUCUACCUUUACAAUGUCACUUUUGGACUAUACAUGUUGGACGCAUGGGAGCGUUAUCUGUUCAAUGCUUUGGUUCUUGUCUUGAUGUGGUUCAUAUUCUACAACGGGUACCGGAACCUUAAUGAACUCUGCAAAAGGUAUAUAUGGUGAAGUUUAAGCCAAGAAUUGACUUGAAGAAGAACAAGAAUUUGAAGUCUAUUGCAUCUUUUGUUUAUUCAUAUAAUCAGACCAAGAAAUAUGUUCUGAGUAAGAACACCACAGUCGAAUCCAUGAGUGUCUGGUUGUUGUAGCUUGCAGUGUAUGUACAUUUUUCCGUCUUGUUUUUAAAGUUUUUAAUUCAUUGUUGGGUGAGUUAGUAACAAUAUUUGUUUCAAUAUUCUCUCUUUUUAAGGGAAAAUUAUGAAAUGGCCAUUUUGACCAA